AUGGGUGACGGUUCUGAUUAUCCUAGCCCACGAAGUGAAGGUCCUGGCGGACCUACCUCAGUUUUAGUCGCUACUCAGGAACCGCUUGUCGCAGCACCCAAGAUGAACGUGAAUGAACAACUCCCACCCAAUUUCAUGGAAGGGGCGCGUCCGCGACUGUCGGUGAGGCGAGCGCGGGAUCCGCCCAAGAACUCUGCAGGCCAAAUCUACUGCGAUCACCCCGAGUGCCAACAAUCGCCUCCCACUUUUCGCCGUCCAUGCGAGUGGAAUAAGCACAUGGACAAACAUGACCGCCCCUACAAGUGCCUGGAACCCGGGUGUGACAAGAUCCAGGGAUUCACAUACUCAGGCGGUCUUUUGCGCCACCAGCGCGAGGUCCAUAAGAAAAACAUCAAUGCCAAGAAACCACUGAUGUGUCCCUACGUCGAUUGCAACCGCAGUACAGGAAACGGGUUUACGCGUCAGGAGAACCUGAAGGAGCACCUCCGCCGUCGCCACAUGCAUACCGAGAAUGGCCCUGCACCAGAACUACCUCCCAUCCCGUCUCCGGAUGAUCUGGAUAACGCCGCAGCUCUUGGCGUACCUCCUACCCUGAAGCGCAAGCGCGACUCUAUCGAUGAGGAUCCUACCUUGGAUCUCUCCGAGGAUGGUGGGAACGGCAUCACUCUCCGGAACGAGCUCAAGAGACUGCAGCUCGAGGUCCAGGAAAAGGAUCGCCGACUGGAAGAACUCGAAAGGAUUGUCGCUGGCCUGCAGCAAGCUAUACCGCAGACCGCGACCUCUCAAGGAUAG